AUGACAGCAGAAGAAGCAACAAUAACCGCAAAAACAACAGUUACUCCGCCGUCUGCUACCACCAUCCAGCGCUCCCCGUUGCACUCUCCGGUGCCGUAUCUCUUCGGCGGGCUGGCGGUGAUGCUGGGACUUAUAGCUUUUGCGCUCUUGAUCUUGGCCUGUUCGUACUGGAAACUCUCUGACCAAAUGAAUGGCGCCGGAGAGGUAGAAGAAGCAACAAUAACUGGAAAAACAACAGUUACUCCGCCGUCUGCUACCACCAUCCAGCGCUCCCCGUGGCACUCUCCGGUGCCGUAUCUCUUCGGCGGGCUGGCGGUGAUGCUGGGACUUAUAGCUUUUGCGCUCUUGAUCUUGGCCUGUUCGUACUGGAAACUCUCUGACCAAAUGAAUGGCGCCGGAGAGGGUGAAAGAGACACCGAGGCCGGUGAUGAUGAUCAUAAAUGUGAAAACGCCACGACGGAGAUGGCGGCGCUGCCUUUUGAAGAGAAGAUUGUGACGUAUCAAGGGCUUACAGGUCAGUGCAAGCCAGAAAGCUCAAGAUGUGGAGGUUUAGAUGUAGAUCAAGCCAUAGAGGAUACGAUCCUUGUGAAUCGAAGUAUGUAUACAGCUAUCUUAAUCUUCCUCAAGUACAGAAAGCCCUUCAUGCAAACAAAACAAAACUUUCCUACAAUUGGGAACUUUGCAGGCAAGAACCUUGAUAUUUGA